AUGCCGCCGAAGGUAGACGUGAAAACUCUCACGGGAAAACUGGACAAUGCCCUCAAACUCUGGUGCAAAUUAAUGGAAGAAUUCGAAACAAUUUUCUCCGUAAAACCGGAACUAAAAACACUUGAAGCAGCAUUCAGUUUAGUAGAAACCAAGUACAGGCUGGUCAAGAAACAGCAGGAAACAAUUCUGGAUAGACUGGUCAAAGAAGGCACUUGCCCAGAAGACGAACUCGUGUUAGCAACAAAGAAACCUGGAGACAAAACCAAACCUGAUUUCCUUCAAAUCACUUUAAAGUUUGCUGCAUAUCAAAAGGAACAAAACUCCUCAGAAAAUUCUAACAAUGCGACAACUCUGGAAGCGCUAACAUUAUCAAUGUCGUCCAUGACAUCGGCAGUGCAGAAAAUGGCCGAUAACAUCGGGUCAAAACUGUCAAACUCAAGUUUACAACGAUUACCUGUACCAGUAUGGGACGGAACUCACAGAACCUAUGCCACGUGGAAAAAGGAGUUCAGCCAUUGGAUGAAGAAAUACGGUCAGGAUAAAGAUGAACAAUUGCAGCAUUUUCGAAAUGCAACGCCAAAAGGAUUGUUCCGGACCGACCAAGUAAAACUUGUAAAACCAUUGACAGCGCAUGGAUCAUUUUGGAUACAGAGUUUGCGGACAGACGAAAAAACUAUUGGACGAACUGCACACCGAGAUUAA